AUUUUUAAAAAAGGAUGUAUAGUGAUGCCUGGCACAGAAUGAGUGCUUUAUAGGUAUUGGCUAUUAUUUUUAGGAUCUAUCCUAGCCACUCUGAAUGCUCAUUGUCCUGAAAAGGGCAUCUGCUAUGAACCAGGAACAACCUUGGGAAGAAGAAGCUGUUACUUUCCUUAUAUACCAUAAAUGAGAAAACAGACUGACGUUCAAUGCCAAACUCCACGCUAAAAUUCAGGGCCACCUAAUAUUGACACAUACUAAAUAUUAGUUUCCAAAAAUAGGGAUUUCAGGGUCCAGGGCGAUUGGGAAGGCCCCAGGUCAGAGCUGACGCUCCGUGGAGAUUUCCUAGACCCCUCCUGGCCGGAUUCUGCGACCAGAGGCCCGGCGCCCCCCGGAGGCCAAGGGGGCAGCAGGCCGAGAGGCGCAGGCGCAGGCGCAUCCCGGGCUUCACCGAGAGGCCGAGAGCGCGGCAGGCUGGUCUCCACGAUGGUGCUGGCGCCGGCGGACCGCGCUGCAGUGCUCGCGUUGUGGCGGAAGCUCGGGACCAACGUCGGCAUCUACACGACGGAGGCCCUGGAGAGGUGCGCACGGCCCCAGCGCAUCAGGGCUCACCUGUCUUCAGCGGGCUCGGGGGAUGCGUCCCCCGCCGUCCGGUUCCGGAGCCCUUCCUCCCGAGGCCCGGCCAUCAGGACGCGCCUCACUCGCCGUUCCUCCCGCAGGACCUUCGUGGCCUUCCCUUCCUCCAAGACCUACUUCCUUCACCUAAACUUGAGCCCCGGCUCCGCCCAGGUCAGAGCCCACGGCCAGAAGGUGGCCAACGCGCUGGUCCUGGCCGUGAACCACCUGGACGACCUGCCGCGCACCCUGUCGUACCUUCGCGAGCUGCACACGCACAAGCUGCGCGUGGACCCGGUCUUUUUCAAGCUGCUGUGCCACUGCCUGCUGGUGACCCUCGCCCGGCACUACCCCGGAGACUUCAGCCCCAACAUGCACGCUUCACUGGUCAGGUUUCUGAACCACGUGAUCUCGGCGCUGGCCCCCAGCAGUGGCUAAAUUGGGAGGGUGGUCGCUGGGGGCUCCAGUGUUUGAGUAAAGUCCGCAGACAGAGUCCCAGCUGUGCCCGUGUUCUUUUCUAGGGGCCUGACGAGGGUGGGGUGGCGGUGUGAGUGGGGGUGGGACGUCCCUCCCAAGGGGAAGCGGUAAGUCUGGACAAGGGGUCUCCACUCACACGUGGUAAGCCGCGACUCACCAUGCCUUUGAGCGUGGCCACUUGGAGGUGUCGGCUGGGGCUCUGGCCGCUCGGGACCGGGCGUCGCGGGCCCCAGGGGCCCCGCCCGGAUCGUCUUCCCCGCUGCCGCCUUCAGACACCUCAUAUGCACCUAGUUAGUACCGCCGGGCACAGCUUGCGAGGAAAUUAGGGACGGGCGCCCCUGCCGGGGUGGAGCGGGACUGCGCCUCCUGAACGCCCAGGGCACUUGGAAGCUUGGGGUCAAAGGUGCCUUUGCCAGACUCUGGACCUGGUCGGAGGAGGUGGCGCCUGCAGCGCACCCUGCCCCGAUUCCACACAGCAGACAGAACUCAGAGCGUCUUCCUUUAAAAAUUUUUUCUCAUGGAAUCAAUCACGGUCAUCGCAGAAACUUCAGGAAAGGACUCCCAAUUGCUGCACCUCAACUGCCCAUGCCUUCCCGUGGGUUCCGGCCAUACAUUGCUUAACAGCAUGAAUUUUUCCUUCUUCACAAUUUCACAUACAGGAGUCGUCCUUAUGUAUAUCUCAGCAACCUCAGCACGUUUUUUUUCUUUCCCUAUUAACUCUAUAAUUUACUUUUUCACUUAAAGGAAGCGCUUGAGGUCUUUGGUGCAUUAAUUCCUCUUGGGCACUGAGGCCACUAUUCAAACAAGAGUCACUGUGAACACGAGUGCUGCGCUACUAGGACAGUCCAUCGGGUUCCAGAGAGGACCACCAAGUGACCAGGGACAGCGGUCACACCAGAGGGGUGACUCACACCCCAGUGGGGAGGGGCGGUGGCACAUUUGGAGAGAUUUCUCAUAAGAAUAUAUUCAGUUUCACACUGACAUGAUCAGAGGAAAUUUAAAACACAGAGAUCGCAGCAGCUCCCCCUAGGCAGGGCCAGAGAGGCAGAGAAGACAGGUACUUGAUCUAAUCCCAGGAAAGGUAUGAUUUUUCACUUAUGUUUUCUACUUUCACAACUAAUUUGCAAAAAACCUUGCCCUCAGUAUUUGUAGCUAAAAAUCUAUGCACUAACAUUGUCAUGCCCUUGGGGGAUUUGUUCAGAAGUGUAAUUUCUGGCUUUUUGAGAAUAUUGCCACAAUUGCUUUCCUGAGUUUCGCCAGAUGAGAGCCUGCACCCUCGGCAGCCUCACUUGCUCGCAGCUAGAGGAGCGCCACCCACUUUCCAG